AUGAUACGUCAAUGCUCUCAACCCUGUCCUCAUGAGACUAGCACUACCAGAAGCGACGAGCCAAGUGUACUGAUACUUCCCGCACGGCGAACAUCCGAACAAGAGGACACUCGUUCCAAUACUCUCAGUCGUGCAGCGACCAACUUCAACAACGUUGAGCUAGGACGCAUCGACACCUACUCACUCCAACAACACUCCACCACCGAAUCGGACCCAGCUCCUUCACCACGUGAGAAAUGUCUGUCCCUUGGAGCUGGAAAGCCCUACCCACCCAAACUAUCGGAUCCCGAGCAAUAUAUAGUGGAGUUCAACGAUGCUAAUGACCCUCUACACCCUCAGAAUUGGUCGUUGGGACGGAAAAUCCUAAUUUCACUUGUGCUGACAUAUACGGCUUUUGUAUCAUCCUUUGCUAGCGCAAUCUUCUCUUCUGCCGUAGAAGAAGUCAGUCCUGCCUUCCACAUUAGUGCUGAAGUUGCGACCCUUGGAGUGACCCUCUACGUCUUGGGUUUUGCCUCAGGACCUACUCUUUGGGCCCCAGCAAGUGAAUUGAUAGGGCGUCGAUGGCCAAUAUUCAUCGGCAUAUUCGGCUUUUCAAUCUUCACGGCUGGUGCUGCCACUAGCAAAGAUGUUCAGACUCUGAUGUUGACUCGAUUCUUCUCUGGUUUCUUCUCAGCUAGCCCCAUGUCUAUUGUCCCAGCUGUUUUUGCCGACAUCUAUGAUAAUAAGACUCGUGGAAUUGCGAUUGCCAUGUACGCUAUGGCAGUUUUAGUGGGCCCAUUUGCAUCGCCUAUCACUGGUGGCUUCAUCUCCAUGUCAUAUCUGGGCUGGAGAUGGACGAUGUAUAUCGCCUGCAUCAUGGGCUUUCUGGCCACUGUCCUUUGUCUGCUUUUCCAAAGAGAAACAUAUGCACCCGCAAUUCUCGUUCAGAAGGCAGUAAUUUUACGAAGACAAACACACAAUUGGAGCAUCCGUGCCCGACAGGAGCAAGUCGAGCUUGAUUGGGGGCAGCUGAUCCGAAAAAACUUCAGCACACCAUUACGUAUGCUCUUCACUGAGCCUAUUGUUUUUCUGAUGUCUCUUUGGAUGAGCUUUGUCUACGGUCUUAUGUACGCUCUUUUGGGUGCUUACCCCGUCGUGUUUGAAGGCGUUCAUGGCCAGAAUCAGGGAGUCGGUAGCCUUUCCUUUAUAGGGCUGAUUAUCGGAGAACUGUUGGCAGGAGCCUACAUCCUUUACGACCAGAAAGCAUACACCAAGAAGCUUACCGCCAACAACAAUAUUCCGGUUCCCGAAUGGCGACUGCCUCCUUCUAUUGUUGGUGGUGUUUGCUUUGUCAUUGGCCUAUUCUGGUUCGGGUGGACUGGGUGGACGAAGUCUAUUCAUUGGAUGGCCCCAGCCGCUAGCGGUGUCCUAAGUGGCUUCGGAAUCUAUGUUGUUUUCUUACAGUGUUUCAACUAUCUUAUCGACUCCUACUUGACCUUGGCAGCAUCUGUUCUCGCUGCAAACACUAUUAUUCGAUCCGCGUUCGGUGCAGCGUUCCCUCUUUUCUCUAAACAGAUGUUUCAAAAUCUGGGAAUCCAGUGGGCAGGAUCUCUUUUAGGCUGUUUGGCUGCCACUAUGGUGCCCAUUCCGUUGGCUUUUAUAAGAUGGGGGCCUGCACUGAGGGAGAAAUCCAAGUUUGCGCCAACAUUUGACUCGAAUGCAGAGACGCAUCUGGAAAAGGAGUAG